GAGUGUAUCAUGCAUGAUGACUGGAUCAGAUCCGUGGAGGCAGAUUCUGAAUGGAUCCUCACAGGCUCUUUUGAUAAGACUGCACGGAUUUGGUCUAUGGAAGGGAAGGCAGUGAUGACUGUGGCUGGACACACUGAUGUUGUGAAGGAUGUAGCCUGGGUGAAGAGAGAUGGUCUGAGCUCUCUGCUCCUGACCGCAUCUCUGGAUCAAACAAUCAUGUUGUGGGAGUGGAAUUCCGAACGGAACAAAGUGAAGGCUCGACACUGUUGCCGUGGACACGCAGGAAGUGUAGACACAGUUGCUGUCGACCCCACCAGGACAAAGUUUUGCAGUGGCUCAUGGGACAAAAUGCUUAAGAUAUGGUCAGCAGUGCCAACAGAGGAAGAGGAUGAGAUCGAGGAACCCAACAGGCCACGCAAAAAACAGAAAACAGAGCAGAUGGGGCUCACGCGGACUCCCCUCAUGACUUUCUCUGGUCAUAAUGAGGCAGUGUCCUCUGUGCUCUGGAUGGACGCUGAGGAGCUGUGCAGUGCAUCAUGGGAUCACACCAUCCGUCUAUGGGAUGCAGAGACUGGUGGACAGAAGAAUACAAUAACGGGGAGUAAGGUUUUCAGCUGUAUCUCAUACUCUCCACUGUGUCGCCGUCUGGCCUCGGGCAGCACUGACAGACAUGUUCUUCUGUACCACACAACAAAAAAAGACUACCAUAAAACACACAAAAUAAUGACCUUUCCAUACUAA